AGGGAGGACCUGAGUCGGAGGUCACCUCCCCGGCACCUUCGGGGGCAACCCGGCCGUUCCCAGCCUCCUCCACUUCGCUAAGCAACCCGAGUCUGGGGAAGGGCCGUCUCCCCAGGGACUCCGGGGCAGCCUGGAGGAAAAGCGGCUCCCCAUCCACGGGCAGCGUCACAGUGACGGGAAAGGGAGGAGGGAGGGAGGAAGUAGAGGCCAGUCGCUCAGGGAGACAGCAGCUGGAGCUGCACUAGCCACAGCAUCAGCAUCAGCCCCCGCCCUCCCUCCUCCCACUCCUGUUCUCCUCCUUCUCCUCACCUCUCUUCUCUCCUCUCUCCCCCCCGCUGGCCCCGCGACCCGGAAAGAUGGCAGCCGAGGGGCUGCACGAGAACGAGACCCUGGCAUCUCUGAAGAGCGAGGCCGAGAGCCUGAAGAGCAAAUUGGAGGAGGAGCGGGCCAAGCUGCACGAUGUGGAGCUGCAUCAGGUAGCUGAACGAGUGGAGGCCCUGGGCCAGUUUGUGAUGAAGACGAGACGAACACUCAAGGGCCAUGGGAACAAAGUCCUCUGCAUGGACUGGUGUAAGGACAAAAGGAGGAUAGUGAGCUCUUCUCAGGAUGGGAAGGUGAUAGUAUGGGACUCCUUCACAACUAAUAAGGAACAUGCAGUGACUAUGCCCUGUACCUGGGUGAUGGCAUGUGCCUAUGCUCCAUCAGGAUGUGCCAUUGCUUGUGGUGGCUUGGAUAAUAAAUGUUCUGUGUAUCCACUGACCUUUGACAAAAAUGAAAAUAUGGCUGCUAAAAAGAAGUCUGUGGCAAUGCAUACCAACUACCUUUCAGCCUGCAGCUUUACCAACUCGGAUAUGCAGAUCUUGACUGCUAGUGGGGAUGGGACCUGUGCCCUGUGGGAUGUGGAGAGUGGGCAGCUUCUACAGAGCUUUCAUGGACAUGGAGCUGAUGUUCUCUGCCUGGAUCUGGCCCCUUCAGAAACAGGAAACACCUUUGUGUCUGGGGGAUGUGACAAAAAAGCCAUGGUUUGGGACAUGCGUUCUGGCCAAUGCAUCCAGUCAUUUGAAACACAUGAAUCUGAUAUCAACAGUGUCAGAUAUUAUCCCAGUGGAGAUGCCUUUGCUUCUGGUUCAGAUGAUGCUACGUGUCGCUUGUAUGACCUACGUGCUGAUAGAGAGGUGGCAAUUUACUCCAAAGAGAGUAUUAUAUUUGGAGCAUCCAGUGUGGAUUUCUCCCUCAGUGGUCGCCUGUUGUUUGCUGGUUACAAUGAUUAUACCAUCAAUGUCUGGGAUGUAUUGAAGGGAUCAAGGGUAUCCAUCCUAUUUGGACAUGAAAAUAGAGUUAGUACCCUACGCGUUUCCCCUGAUGGAACAGCCUUCUGCUCAGGAUCAUGGGACCACACCCUGAGGGUUUGGGCCUAAUCUGUAGUAUGUCUCCUAACAAUGUGAGCCAAUAUAUCAGAUAAGCUAUGGAAUAUAAUUUGAAAUACUCAACUGCAAUUUCACAUGCUAAGGAAAUAUCUUGGUAGUUGAAACCCAUCAAAUGUCUCUGUAUGCCAUCUCAUAUUGAUAUUUAAAGUUUGUCUACUAGAGAUUAUAAGCCUAUACUGCUUUGAUAGUGUCAUCCAAAAGUAUAAUGCUUUCUUUCUCUUGAUUUUAAUUAUCUAUAAUUAGGAAUUAUUUAGACAACAAAUUAAGCUUUUCUCUAAAAGCAUUCUAAGACCAAAUUUAUUAUUUCACAUAUCCUAUAUGAUUUGGACUAACUUAAUUCAUUUUAGAGCAGUUAAAAAUAUCAGCUACCAAUUAUAUCUGGAUACAGCUUAACUUUUGAGAACUUCCUGUGAGUUAUGGAUUUCAGGUAAUGAGUUAGAACACACUUUGAAUGGUUUGUAAGGCAGUAUUGUUGGAAGUUUAUCCUAAAAUGACCACAUAGUAUCAGUUAUUAAAAAAAAAAGUCUAGUGAUGAGGUCUUUCUUAUUAAGAAUGAUUAAAGACUCUAUCCCAUCUUUUCUAAUUAUCUUUUUAUAAGAAACAGCUUUCACUAGUAUGAACUUAAUUCAAUAAAGCAGACAUGUAUAGGGAAGUAUGUGACCUUCUUUGAGGUCCCUGCCUCUACUUUCCUUCCUCUUCUUCUAUGAGGGUUUAGAAAAAGCCUGAAGACCUCUUUUCCAGAGUCCCUGUGGAUCUCUUUGCAAGGAAAUAGAUUACCUCUAUUUCCAAAAUAGAGAGUUUUCAUCUAGGGGGAGAAUGCCAGUUCUACACAGUUUCUCUUCCUUGCAAAGUUGAAAAGCUUAAAAAUACAUAUUAUGAAUAAGCUUCAUAAAGCUCUAAGCUCCUAGGCAAUCCCCAGCCUAAUAAUUAAGAAUACCAAUCAGUUGAAUUUGAUACAGUCAGUUAUCACCAGGCUUCCUUAUCACACUUUCUAUAGCAAAAACAUCAACUCAGGGCAAAAUUUAAAUUAUUUUAUUUUUAUUAGAAAUCCAUCAUUAAAAAUACAAAUAGCUACUCAGCAGAAUUUCAAAUGGAACAAAGAAACUAUACCGUCUGUUGCAAUAAAAACUGAAGAAAGAAACAAAGUUGAAUAAGUCUACCAUUGGUCCAGAAGUUUCUUUAUACAGAUAGGGUUCAGACACUCCCUGUUAGAUUCUCUCAACAAACUGGGAAAAGGUAAAGGCUCCAACUUCAGGUCAGGGUCGGUCGGCAUCCUUCAUCCGAUGUUGUUCAUCCUCUCCUGUGAUACUAUCCCCAACUCUGCGUUUCUCUGCAGAGAGAUCUAGAAGUGGCCUUCAUGUCAGAAAAACUCCCCACCUUAGUUCUGGUCCUGAGGGAGCUGCUUCUCUUCUCCAUCUGCAGAGAACUACGGUUCCUGGAUCUUUAACAAGGAUCCGAACUUCACCAGAAUGACUAUUAGAUGUGUUAGGUAACUCGAGGUAUCAUCUUCUUAGCUAUGUUUACUCUCUUUUCACAUUUGUUUUCAAUUAAAGGAGAUAUUGAGUGCUAA